GGCUGCCUUCGUUCUGGCUCUUUCUGUCUCCGCCGCUGCCGGGUGCUUGGCGGCGGCGGCCCUCGGCGCAUCUCGCCGCCCGCCCCGCGCUUCGCCUCGUCUGGCCGGCCGUGUUUGUGCAAGGGCAGCGCCGGGGGCCGAGGGCGAAAAAGGAGGGAUCAGGGAUGAGACUUAAGAUUGAGACCGACGUCUUGGCCCUUGUACCCACGGUGGGAAGGGUCCAGCCUCCUUCGUCUGCCGGUGCAGCUCCCUGUCCCGAAGGAUGUAGCUGCCGGAGGGACUGGAGAUCUGACGGGAGGCUGGAGGUGGCCCAUGUGUUGCCAUCUUGAGGGUGGUCUUGCAGUGAGAUGGAGUGAGGAGGGAGGUGUGCUGUCAUUCUUGCCCGUUGAACGUAAACUGGGUGUUACUGUCUUGCCUACACGCUGCAUGCCACAGCUCCGAGUCUCCCAGCAGGAGCCCCCCAAGUGCCGACAUCCCCCUGCCCAGUGCCUAGCCUGCCUCCUCACAGCCAUGGAUGUUUCAACCACCAUGUUAGAUCCCAUCGGAGCAAGAUCGGAUGACACACGGCGGUUGGGGCAUCAGUGGCAGGGCCAUGCUAGUGUUCCCUUCUGCUGUUACUGCUGCUACCAGCUGGUACAUCUGCAAAAGCCCUGGUGGGAGGCUUAAAAAAAAAUACCAGGGUAGUUGAGCUUGUUGCCCAUAUUAAAUCUAUUUUCUCUUCUGCUACAGUGUCACUGUUGUGAGCCAGGCAGUCUGUGACCAGUAGUUUGGAUUGAUGUUUGUCAUGAUUACAUGAUGUGAUUUGGCACCUCACAUGCUGAGACUUGCUGUCUCCUUCCUUCAGGUCACUGGGAAGGAUCCUUUUAUUUAUAUAUGCCUGUGCUUAUCAGAUCUAAGGAAAAGAAUACUUGUAUUUUCUUCCUUUAGGGCUUACUGCUUAUUAAGAGUGAUGAAUAGUGUUGCUAUUAAAAUAUUCUGUGGAUGCUAAUUUAUUGCUGUAGGGAUGCACUUCUGGCCUCAUAAAUAGAGACGCAAUGUUCUGACCAUGCAGCAGCCCUGAAGUGUGCGGUGUUUGGAUCUGUACUGUUCUGUUCUUUCUGCUUUCCCCACCCCCUACUUGAGUUCUGUAAUUGUUUCUUCUUUCUUGUGGUACUUAUACAUUAAUUAUGCUUCUUUCAUGCUGGCAUGUGUAAGAAUUUCUGCUGCCUUUUGUCCCAACAUUGCCUUUGGCAUUUUCUUCCUUUUCUAUUCUGCCUUCUCUGUUCUUCCAUUCCAAGUGGUUUUGGUCUGCUCUGUUUGAGCUUCUCUUUCAUAUUUUAUCCUUGUCUUUUUUUUCUUUUUAUCCCCUUGUACUGCUCAAGACACUGCAUCUUGGCCUGGCAUGUCCCUGUUGCUCUCUAUUUUAAGAUUUAGUUGGGGCUCAGAUUUCAGAACUUUCCACCUCAUGACAUUCCUUUUCGUGGUGCUCCAGGUAGAGUAUUGGGUUAAUAGACAUAACCUCUGUGUUCUAACCUACUGAAUGCAUUUUGUUUACCGAGGCUGUUUCCCCUGACUAUUAUGGCAUUACAAAAUGUCUAUGUCUCUACAUAACUUCAAGAUUCUCUCUCCUGCAAUUUGUGACAAAUGUUGAUGGACUCCAACAAGAAUAAUAUUGAUGUGCAUACAUUACUACCAGGCAAACCUUCAAACCCCAGCUGUUGCUGUUGUUGCUUCUGCCCUCGUUGACUGACAGGCAAGAACCAGAAUGUCUCAGGAAGGAGUCAAGUCACAAGUCGUAAUGAAUCUCAGUUUACCAAGAACAGCAGUGAAAUACUAUGAAUGAUGAAACAGACUGAUCAGAACAGAAGCGGCGCUGGUCUAAACAUGAAUCUGUGGCCAUGCCACAGCUUUUUGGCAGGUUGUAUGAACAAGAGGUAAAAUGGUGGCAAUCUGGGAAAUUGUCUCGAAGCUUCCCUUUUUUGUAACCACUUGCAUCUCCUAUCUCAUACCAGCGGUAUUGAUGGUGACUUUCAUCAUUUGACUCAUCAUGGCAUGCCUGAAAUGUUUUAUUGUAUUCAAAGAAAAUUAGUUCUUCACCUUAAAUAGCAGUAACUGGUGUUUAGAUGUGGUAAGUAAUGUCCUAGCAGUGCUUGAUGCGCACUCUGUUCUUCAAGACAGUGGAGCAACCAAGACCCUCUCUAAAGACUCCUAAUGGUUUCAGUCUUGAUUCGGUCAGUGCUUACAAGAGGGUUGGGGAAUGUCGUUAGGUCUGUGUGUAUCCUGAAGAGAUACCCAGCAAAAUAUCCUGGAAUAACUUUUUAUUUCUUUUGAAAAAUUCGUUUAUGUCAUGACCCUGUGACAAUGUCAAAGUACUUCCACAGAGUGAUACUACUUUUUGAAGUGUAUCUCUGGGUGCUCAGAAACUCAGAAAAUUGGGUCAUUCACACACUUUUGUAUCUUGAAAGCUGGCAAAGUUUUGCUCUGGGGCACCCUUCCAGAAGAUUCUUUGUGUUCUGGGGUCUGUGGUCUGGGAACCAAUUGUCAGUGCUCUAGAAAACAGAACUGAGAGUUGCUUCCAAAAUCCGUUACCUUCAGGAAUAUCACAAUCGGGUUCUCCACAACAUUUACCCUGUGCCCUCUGGAACUGACAUUGCAAAUACUCUGAAAUACUUUUCUCAGACGUUAUUGAGCAUUUUGUCCCGCACAGGGAAGAAGGAGAAUCAAGAUGCCUCCAAUUUGACAGUGCCCAUGACCAUGUGUCUUUUUCCUGUGCCAUUCCCACUCACCCCAUCUCUAAGACCACAGGUCAGUUCCAUCAACCCUACUGUUACUCGCUCCCUCCUUUACAGCGUCCUGCGAGAUGCUCCAUCUGAACGUGGCCAGCAAAGUCGUGAUGCUCAGUUAUCAGACUACCCAUCUUUGGACUAUCAAGGACUUUACGUGACACUGGUGACACUGCUGGAUCUAGUUCCCUUGCUACAACAUGGUCAACAUGAUCUUGGGCAAUCAAUUUUUUACACUACUACAUGCUUACUUCCUUUUCUCAAUGAUGACAUUUUGAGUACUUUACCCUAUACAAUGAUUUCAACACUAGCUACCUUUCCUCCAUUUCUGCACAAGGAUAUUAUAGAGUAUCUCAGCACAUCUUUUCUGCCUAUGGCUAUAUUGGGAUCCUCAAAAAGAGAAGGUGUUCCAGCACAUGUCAAUCUAUCUGCAUCAUCAAUGCUAAUGAUUGCAAUGCAGUACACAUCAAACCCGGUGUAUCACUGCCAAUUAUUGGAAUGCCUUAUGAAAUAUAAGCAAGAAGUAUGGAAAGAUUUGCUAUAUGUGAUAGCUUAUGGACCAUCUCAAGUUAAACCUCCAGCAGUACAAAUGUUAUUUCACUAUUGGCCCAAUUUGAAACCCCCUGGGGCAAUCAGUGAGUACAGAGGACUGCAGUACACAGCCUGGAAUCCUAUUCAUUGCCAGCACAUUGAAUGCCAUAAUGCGAUUAACAAACCAGCUGUGAAGAUGUGCAUUGACCCAUCCUUGUCUGUGGCUUUGGGUGAUAAGCCACCACCCCUAUAUCUUUGUGAAGAAUGUAGCCAGAGAAUUGCAGGGGAUCACAGUGAAUGGUUGAUUGAUGUUCUUCUGCCACAAGCUGAAAUUUCUGCUAUAUGUCAGAAGAAGAACUGUAGUUCACAUGUCAGAAGAGCUGUUGUCACUUGCUUCUCAGCGGGGUGCUGUGGCCGCCAUGGCAACAGGCCGGUGCGCUAUUGCAAGAGAUGCCAUUCGAAUCAUCACAGCAGUGAAGUCGGGGCAGCUGCAGAAACCCAUCUUUAUCAGACCUCGCCACCCCCUAUCAAUACCCGGGAGUGUGGGGCAGAGGAACUUGUGUGUACUGUGGAAGCUGUGAUCAGCUUGCUGAAGGAAGCAGAGUUUCAUGCUGAACAGAGGGAGUAUGAACUAAACCGCAGGAGGCAGAUGGGCCUCUCCUCUUCCCAUCACUCCCUCGACAACACAGACUUUGAUAAUAAAGAUGAUGACAAGCAUGACCAACGCCUCCUGAGCCAGUUUGGAAUCUGGUUCUUGGUGAGCCUUUGCACUCCCAGUGAGAAUACACCCACAGAGAGUUUAGCAAGGCUGGUUAGCAUGGUAUUCCAGUGGUUUCACUCUACAGCUUACAUGAUGGAUGAUGAAGUUGGUAGCCUGGUUGAAAAGCUCAAACCCCAGUUUGUUACUAAGUGGCUGAAGACUGUUUGUGAUGUCCGGUUUGAUGUCAUGGUUAUGUGCCUCCUUCCUAAACCAAUGGAGUUUGCGAGGGUUGGUGGAUACUGGGACAAAUCGUGUAGUGCUGUGACCCAAUUAAAAGAAGGGCUGAAUCGAAUCCUUUGCUUGAUUCCAUACAAUGUGAUAAACCAGCCGGUGUGGGAAUGUAUCAUGCCAGAGUGGUUGGAAGCUAUAAGGACGGAAGUGCCUGAUAAUCAACUGAAAGAGUUCCGGGAAGUGUUGAGCAAAAUGUUUGACACUGAACUUUGCCCUCUCCCUUUCUCAAUGGAGGAGAUGUUUGGUUUCAUUAGCUGUCGAUUCACAGGGUAUCCAUCCUCUGUGCAAGAGCAAGCAUUGCUUUGGCUGCAUGUGUUAUCUGAACUAGACAUUGUUGUUCCUCUUCAGUUAUUAAUCAGCAUGUUUUCUGAUGGAGUUAAUUCUGUAAAAGAGUUAGCAAAUCAAAGAAAAUCAAGAGUCAGUGAACUGGCAGGAAAUCUUGCAGCUCGGAGGGUAAGCGUUGCUUCUGACCCUGGGCGCAGAGUCCAGCACAACAUGCUGAGUCCUUUCCCAAGCCCCUUCCAGAGCCCAUUUCGGAGUCCAAUACGCAGUCCUUUUCACAGCCCUUUCAAGAACUUUGGACACCCCAGUGGAAAGACAAUUGAUUUUGACUGUGAAGAUGAUGAAAUGAAUCUUAAUUGCUUCAUUCUGAUGUUUGAUCUCAUCUUGAAGCAGAUGGAACUUCAGGAUGAUGGUGUCACUUUGGGCUUAGAGAACAGCAUUUCAAAAGAUAUAAUAUCCAUCAUAAACAAUGUGUUCCAGGCACCGUGGGGUGGUUCUCACACCUGUCAGAAAGAUGAAAAAGCAGUUGAAUGUGGUCUGUGUCAGUCCAGCAUUCUGUGUUACCAGCUGGGUUUUGAGCUGCUGGAACAGCUUGCUCCAAAAGAAGAAAUCAGGCUUGUGGAGCCCACAGAUAACCUCGAGGAUAGUCUUCUGUAUACUAGACCUGAGUUUAUUAUAGGAACUGAAGGAGAAGAGGAAGACAAAUUGGCACCAAAACAUGGAGAAAACCCGGGAAAUCACACAGAGACCACAGAAAAUGCUGCAAUAAAGAAUGACACAGAAAGAAAAUUUUGUUAUCAGCAACUUCCAGUUACCUUGAAGCUUAUAUACACUAUAUUGCAGGAAAUGUCAAGAUUUGAAGAACCAGACAUUCUUUUUAACAUGCUUAACUGUCUGAAGAUCCUGUGUCUUCAUGGAGAAUGCCUGUAUAUAGCAAGAAAGGACCAUCCACAAUUUCUUGCCUAUAUUCAAGAUCACAUGCUGAUUGCAAGCUUAUGGGGAGUUGUGAAGUCUGAGUUCUCUCAGCUUUCUUCCCUGGCAGUCCCACUUCUUCUUCAUGCACUUUCACUUUCCCAUGGAGCUGACAUUUUCUGGACAAUCAUAAACAGCAAUUUCAACAGCAAAGAUUGGAAGAUGAGAUUUGAAGCAGUGGAGAAGGUGGCUGUGUUGUGCAGAUUUUUGGAUAUUCACUCUGUGACAAAAAACCACCUACUGAAGUACUCUUUGGCUCAUGCAUUCUGCUGUUUCCUGACUGCUGUGGAAGAUGUCAACCCAGCAGUAGCUACAAGAGCUGGGCUAUUACUUGACACAAUAAAGAGGCCAGCUCUACAGGGUCUCUGCCUCUGUCUCGAUUUCCAGUUCGACACAGUUGUCAAGGACAGGCCCACAAUUCUUAGUAAGCUUUUACUACUUCAUUUUCUAAAAGCGGAUAUUCCAGCUUUGAGCUGGGAGUUCUUUGUGAAUCGCUUUGAGACCCUGUCUCUGGAAGCACAGCUUCAUCUGGACUGCAACAAAGAAUUCCCUUUCCCAACAACUAUCACUGCUGUCCGGACAAAUGUCGCCAACCUCAGUGAUGCAGCAAUGUGGAAGAUCAAGAGGGCUCGUUUCGCACGUAAUCGUCAGAAGAGUGUGCGUUCCCUGAGGGACAGUGUGAAGGGACCAGUGGAGUCAAAGAGAGCGCUCUCCCUUCCAGAAACCUUAACCACCAAAAUUCCUGUGAGCUUGACCAGACACGAGCAGUCUGCUCCAGCUCUUGGAGGAACACCAGAGCAAACACCAGGACAACCCUCCCCAGAGAAUGAUAAUACAAUAAAAGACCUGCUUCCAGAGGAUGCUGGGAUCGAUCACCAGACUGUCCACCAGCUCAUUACUGUGCUAAUGAAGUUCAUGGCAAAGGACGAGAGCAGCGCUGAGUCGGACAUCAGCAGCGCUAAAGCUUUCAACACAGUCAAGCGCCAUCUGUACGUCCUGCUUGGUUAUGAUCAGCAGGAAGGAUGCUUCAUGAUUGCACCACAAAAAAUGCGUGUUUCAACCUGCUUUAAUGCUUUUAUUGCUGGAAUAGCACAAGUGAUGGAUUAUAACAUCAAUUUGGGAAAACACCUUCUUCCCUUGGUGGUGCAGGUGUUGAAAUACUGCACUUGUCCUCAGCUAAGGCAUUACUUUCAGCAGCCUCCUCGCUGCUCCCUCUGGUCCCUCAAACCUCACAUUCGGCAGAUGUGGUUAAAAGCUUUGCUUGUCAUUCUCUAUAAGUACCCCUACAGAGACUGUGAAAUCAGCAAGAUUGUGCUUCACCUAAUCCACAUCACAGUCAAUACCCUCAAUGCUCAAUAUCACAGCUGCAAGCCCCAUGCAACUGCUGGCCCUUUGUAUAGUGACAACAGUAACAUAAGCCGAUACAGUGAAAAGGAAAAAGCAGAGGAAGACAGUGUUUUUGAUGAGUCUGAUAUUCAUGAUACACCAACUGGACCUUGCAAUAAAGAAUCUCAAACUUUCUUUGCAAGACUGAAAAGAAUUGGUGGCAGCAAAAUGGUGAAAUAUCAACCAGUUGAGAUGAAUGCUCAGAGAAGUGAAAUAGAGCUGGCUGAAUAUAGAGAGACGGGGGCCUUACAAGACAGUAUUCUACGCUGUGUGAGAGAAGAAAGCAUUCAGAAAAAAAAACUGCGCUCUCUAAAACAAAAAUCUCUUGAUAUAGGGAAUGCAGACUCCCUGUUGUUUUCAUUAGAUGAACAUCGCAGGAAGUCCUGCAUAGACCGGUGUGACUUAGAAAAACCACCUGUCCCUGCUGCUUACGCCAUACACAGGCAGAGUGAUUAUGGACGAUCUCGGCAGAAUUCUUCUACUAAAGCUGAAAAUAUAGAAACACAAGAAAAUCUUCCUCGUACAGAGAGCUUCCAGGAAACAAGAAGACCUGUCAUACCAGAAGUUAGGCUAAACUGCAUGGAAACCUAUGAAGUGAAAGUGGACUCUCCAGUUAAACCUGCUGGUCCCAAGGAAGAUUUAGAUCUGAUAGAUUUGUCCUCUGACUCAACAUCGGGUCCUGAAAAGCAUUCAGCAGUCUCCACUUCAGACAGUGACUCUUUAGUCUUCGAACCACUUCCUCCCCUUAGAAUAGUGGAGAGCGAUGAAGAAGAAGAAACAACAAACCAGCUGAAUGAUGAGGUCUCUGGCAAAACUGCUGCGUCAUCUCCCUCAACCCCCAUCAAUGUCUCUGCACUCAGCCUCAGCACAACUCCGCUGGUCCAGUUCAGCAUUGAAGAUUGCUCCAAAGACUUUAGUUCUAAGGAUACAAGCAACAAUGCUUCAUCAGGAAUAGAAGAGAUCCUUUCCACUUCUCCCAAAGAUCAAAAGGACUCUUCAGAGUUAGUUAAGCCAGAAGAACUUCAAGACAUGUCUUGUGGGAAUGCACUAACACUGAAACAGAAAAGGGACCUGCUGCAGAAGUCAUUUGCCCUUCCAGAAAUGUCCCUUGAUGAUAACUCUGAGCUCAACGUGGAGGAAAUUAGACCUAGUGGAGCAAUUCCAAGCCCAAAUGUAAAGACAGUCCUUAUUAAAGUUCCCGAAGAUUCUGAAAACCAAACAGAAAGUGAUAAACUUGAUACCAACACAGAGUCUGAUGCUGAACAAAACAUGGAGCAGAAACAAGAAGAGGAGACAGAGGAGUCAGAAUUCAAGAUUCAGAUUGUUCCUCGACAGAGGAAGCAGAGGAAGAUUGCUGUGAGUGCUAUUCAGAGAGAAUACCUGGACAUUUCCUUUAACAUCCUUGACAAGCUGGGAGAGCAGAAGGAGGCAGAUCCUGCUGCCAAAGGACUUUCGACACUGGAAAUGCCAAGAGAGUCAUCAUCUGCACCGACCCUUGAAGCAGGUGUCCCGGAGACAAGUAGUCACUCUUCCAUAUCAACUCAGUUCAGACAAAUGAAAAGAGGCUCUUUGGGAGCUCUGACAAUGAACCAGCUAAUGAAGAGGCAGCUGGAACACCAGUCUAGUGCUCCCCACAAUAUCAGCACUUGGGAUACUGAGCAGAUACAGCAUGGAAAGCGGCUCUGCAAUGUCCCUGUUUGCCUAAACCCCGACUUGGAGGGACCACCACUAAGGAUCAGAGGUGCCACAAAAUCUAGCUUGCUGUCAGCACCCAGUAUUGUCAGUAUGUUUGUACCUGCACCAGAAGAAUUUGCUGAUGACCAGCCCAUUGUGAUGACUGACAAGUGCCAUGACUGUGGGGCUAUUCUUGAAGAAUAUGAUGAAGAAACACUAGGCCUGGCCAUAGUUGUGCUCUCAACCUUCAUUCACCUUAGUCCAGACUUGGCUGCUCCUCUGCUGUUGGACAUCAUGCAGUCUGUAGGAAGGUUGGCAUCAAGUACCAGUUUUUCUAAUCAAGCUGAAAGCAUGAUGAUCCCUGGAAAUGCUGCAGGUGUGGCCAAACAGUUCCUCCGUUGUGUGUUCCAUCAGCUGGCUCCCAAUGGCAUUUUCCCCCAGCUCUUCCAGAGCAAUAUUAAAGAUGGAAGUUUUUUACGGACCUUGGCCACAUCUCUUAUGGACUUCAGUGAGCUGAGUUCCAUUGCUGCUCUGAGCCAGCUGUUAGAGGGUUUAAACAACAAAAAGAAUUUACCAGCAGGAGGUGCAAUGUUACGGUGUUUGGAAAAUAUUGCUACCUUUAUGGAAGCCUUGCCAAUGGAUUCACCCAGCAACCUCUGGACCACAAUUAGUAAUCAGUUUCAGACCUUCCUUACUAAACUCCCUUGUGUUUUGCCACUCAAGUGUUCUUUAGAUUCUAGUUUAAGAAUCAUGAUUUGCUUGUUGAAGAUACCUACCACUAGUGCCACCAGGAGUCUUCUGGAGCCUUUUUCAAAAUUACUAAGCUUUGUAAUUCAGAAUGCUGUCUUCACUCUGGCCUACCUGGUGGAAUUGUGUGGUUUGUGCUACCGAGCCUUCACUAAGGAAAGAGACAAAUUCUACUUGACGCGCAGUGUCAUAUUGGAGUUACUGCAGGCACUCAAGUUAAAGUCACCCUUACCAGACAUGAAUCUGCUGCUAUUGGUGCAGUUUGUUUGUGCAGAUGCUGGAACAAAACUAGCUGAGUCAACAAUCUUGCAUAAACAGAUGAUUGCCUCUAUGCCUGGAUGUGGAACUGCAGCAAUGGAAUGCAUGAGACAGUAUGUUGGGGAAGUGCUGGAUUUCAUUGCAGAUAUGCAUACCUUAACCAAAUUAAAGAGUCACAUGAAGACUUGUUCUCAGCCACUGCAUGAAGACACGUUUGGUGGACAUCUGAAAGUUGGUUUAGCUCAGAUUGCUGCUAUGGAAAUCACACGGGGAAACCACAGAGACAACAAAGCUGUGAUCCGGUAUUUGCCUUGGCUUUACCAUCCUCCUUCUGCAAUGCAACAAGGGCCCAAAGAGUUCAUAGAAUGUGUCUCACACAUUCGUUUGCUGUCCUGGCUACUUCUGGGGUCUCUGACACACAAUGUUGUCUGUCCAAAUUCUUCAUCAUCUUGCAUGCCUAUUCCACUGGAUGCGGGUUCACAAAUUGCUGACCAUCUUAUUGUUAUUCUGAUUGGGUUUCCAGAGCAAUCAAAGACAUCUGUUCUGCACAUGUGUUCCCUCUUCCAUGCAUUUAUAUUUGCUCAGCUCUGGACAGUGUAUUGUGAACAAACAGCAGUAGCUCCGACAGUCCAGAAUCAAAAUGAAUUUAGCUUUACAGCAAUCCUUACAGCCCUGGAGUUCUGGAGCCGAGUGACACCUAGCAUCCUACAGCUAAUGGCACAUAACAAAGUGAUGGUGGAAAUGGUGUGCCUGCAUGUGAUUAGUUUAAUGGAGGCUUUACAGGAAUGCAACUCUACUAUCUUUGUAAAGCUCAUCCCAAUGUGGUUGCCAAUGAUACAGUCAAAUCUAAAGCACUUAUCUGCUGGACUCCAGCUACGCCUCCAAGCCAUCCAGAGCAAUGUCAACCAUCACAGCCUAAGGAUGUUACAGGGGUCAGGACAAAUGAAUAAUAGCUCAUCUGUGCUUCGCAAGUGGCUACAGUGUACCCAAUUUAAAAUGGCUCAAGUGGAAAUUCAGUCGUCAGAAGCUGCAUCUCAAUUUUAUCCUUUAUGAUUCAUGUGAUUUGUUUGAAAUGUUCAUUUUUAGCCUAGCAAUAACAGGGUUAGAGCUGUAAAAGACCUUUUGUAUAAAUCAGUAUACAGAGUAUAUACUGUAUCUAUACUUUCUAGCCUAGGACAGAUUCUGGAAAAGUUUAUAAUGGGUGAAGAUAAGAACCUGAUCCUGCCAGUCUUUAGACUUACUCAGGAUCAACAGGUUCUCAAGUCUGCAUCCAUGAACAUGUAUUUGAAAGACUGGAUUUAAAUCUGUAACAUUGUACAUAUCUCUCUGACCACUGAAAUAUCUUGUUCUUAAAUGUUUCUUUACAUUAUUUUUGAAGCUAAGACAAAAAGCACUUUUCUUUAACUUCUAUUUUUUUUAAAAAUAGAAUUGUGGAUAUUCACAAACAUAUGGAAGUGCUAUGUUGCUAUUUUUUGACGAUAACAAAAGAAAACAGGGUUUUUAGGAACCUUUAUAGGAGUUUGGGGGGGAUGUCUUUUUUUUUUUUUUUUUUUUUUUUUUUUUUUUAAUUUCACAGCUGGCAAUGCAAUAAAACCUGUCACUAUAAAACAGUGAUGUUCUAAUGAGGCUUUUUGUCAUCAUCUUCUGGGCAAAACAACAACUUGUAAGGAGCGUUAUUAUAAAGUGCACUUAGAAAUUAGGUUGUUAAACUGUGCCAAUUAAUUUGUCUUUUUUUUCAGUACUGUUUUCCAAAACUGCCAAGUCUGAUUUAUUAUUUUUUGAUAUACUGCUUUUACUUCAUUGAUUCUGUGCUGCUCCUCUUUGUAGGUUUCAUAGAAGGCUCUUUAAUUUUGUGACUACUGUAUUGUAUUCUUCUGCCACUACUUGUAUACCAUGCAAUUAAAAACGGAUACCCCGGACCUGUUCUUCUUGAUGUCUACAGAAAUUAUGUUGCAGACUUCAAGAGGACCUGAACUUUUGCAUAAUGAUAUUUACAAAUCACAGCAUUUGCAUACUGCUGUAUUAAACAUGAUGUUUAAUAACAGAUGUAUUUUAAUAUAAUUAAGGGACUUGGCCAAAGCCCAUUGCAAUCUAAGGAGACUAAACUGAUUCAGUGGAUUUUACAUAAAAUCUUGAGAGCACCAUGGUUUACCACCUCAUGUAAUUAGUACUUAAAUCUGUGUAGUCACAGUUGUAUUUUCUGUAUUUAUUCCUGUAAUGCACUGAUUAGAAGAAUAGCUAACACACUUUCAGUUCUGUAUUAGAAUGCUAUUAAAUUCCUAGUCUUUAUUACCA